GAGUAAUGUGUCACUGCUCCACAAAAUCUUUUUCUCCAACAAACCACCCGCCCCCGUACCCCCCCCCCCCCCCCCCCCCCCCCCCUCUCUCUCUCUCUCUCUCCUCGGCAGCAGCCACCUUGUGAGACUGACAACAGUGACUACUCUCCAAAAAAUCAAAUUCAGGGUUCUGCCGUUGAUUCUCUUUUCGAAAGAAGCUUUGUUUUACUUUCCGUAUCUCACCCAAAAGAUUUCCCUCACCCACUGGUUUUAUAACCUAGUUCCUGAUUCUAACGGAUCAUAAUCCUAAAGCCAAAUCCCCACCUUUCCAACUUAAUUCCUAUAUUUUCCACCUAUAUAACACUUCGAUUUCUUCUCUAUAAGUAGCGCAUCUGUUUUGUUACUGCUCCGUUUCUGCGCUUACUCCGUCGAAAAAUGAGCUCUGCGGUGGCCUAUGGGUCCGUAUAUGUCAACCAAAGAUGCUUUCGGGAGGACAGGGCGAAAAGUUCAAAGGCUAGGAAGGUGUGCGUUUGUAAGUCAGUGGCCUUUACACCGCAGAGCUUGCAGUUUGAAAAGACCAAAGUGCAGAUGCCUGAAAAGAGUGUUCGAAUUGGCGUCCUUGGAGCUAGCGGUUACACUGGUUCAGAGAUUGUUCGGCUUCUUGCAAACCAUCCUUACUUUGGUAUUACUGUCAUGACUGCUGAUAGAAAAGCCGGCCAAUCGAUUGGAUCUGUAUUCCCUCAUUUGGCAACACAACAUUUGCCGAAUAUGAUAGCUGUUAAUGAUGCAGACUUUUCGAAUGUGGAUGCGGUGUUUUGUUGUUUGCCACAUGGAACCACACAGGAAAUCAUCAAAGCUCUUCCUAAAGGAUUAAAGAUUGUUGAUCUAUCUGCUGACUUUCGGCUGCGAGAUAUUGACGAUUAUGAAAAAUGGUAUGGACAACCUCACAGAGCACCAGAGUUGCAGAGAGAAGCUGUGUAUGGUUUAACAGAGAUUUAUAGAACCGAUAUCAAAGAUGCUCGUCUUGUUGCAAAUCCUGGUUGUUAUCCAACUUCUAUUCAGCUUCCUCUUGUUCCCUUGAUAAAGGCUAACCUCAUUAGAAGUGAAAACAUUAUUAUUGAUGCAAAAUCGGGUGUUAGUGGAGCAGGGCGUGGCGCCAAGGAGGCAAAUUUAUACACUGAAAUAGCUGAAGGGAUUCAUUCUUAUGGUAUUACCGGCCAUCGUCAUGUGCCAGAAAUCGAACAAGGAUUAGCUGAGGCUGCGAAUUCGAAAGUGACUGUCAGUUUCACGCCUCACUUAAUGCCAAUGAGUCGUGGUAUGCAAUCAAGUAUUUACGUGGAAUUAGCUCAAGGAGCAUCAGUUGAGGAUUUGCGCCAACAUUUGAAAGUCUUUUAUGAGAAUGAAGAAUUUGUAGUUUUGGGAAAGGAAAAAGAAGUUCCUCACACUCGUCAUGUUCGCGGAUCCAAUUACUGCAUUAUGAAUGUCUUUCCCGACCGAAUUACUGGAAGAGCAAUAAUACUUUCUGUCAUCGAUAAUCUCGUGAAGGGAGCUUCUGGUCAAGCUUUACAGAAUCUUAACUUGAUGAUGGGAAUUCCAGAGAAUACAGGGCUUACCUACUUGCCUUUGUUUCCUUAGUACCUUUCUGUUUAUGACCAAUAACCAUGUAAGUCUUCACAUUUCAAAAGCCUCACUUUAGAAUUUAACGUUAGGUGUAGAUGCUCUUUUGCUUUCUGAUUAUGGUCUCGUAGUCAUAGGCCAGAAAGCCACCGGGUUUCUUGGACACCUUUCACCCAAGAUUUUUUAGUGAUGCAUAUGUUUGGCAACUUCUAUCAUAAUACCAACAAAAUAUAGCUACAAUAAACGUUCUCUGUGAAAAAAAUUUAGGGUUUGGAAGAACAGAAAGAAAGAAGGGAGAGAAAAGAAAAGAGAAGAAAAAUUAGGACUCUACACCUCAAAUAAAGAAAGAAAUGUUAAAGAUAAAUACGAGAAUGCCCUGUGUAACUGAUACACAGAAUUAAGGAAAACAAUAACAGAAACACGACAAUGUAAAAUUUUCAGUGAUUUGGGCCCUGGAUUUAGCAUGCAUUCGAUGGAUUCUUGAACCCUGGUUUGAUGAGUAAGCUAUGCUUUGCUUAUAAUUCAUUAUGAUUUUUUUUUUAUGCAUGAUGCCAUAUUUCCAUGAACUGAAACAAAAAAAACGCAAUUUUGACUUCUUGGAAUAUUAGAGGGAAAAUCCCAGCCUCUUACUCUCUACUGAAAGACCAUACAGGCAGGGUGGACCCACAUAAACAUGUGGCAGUUGGUAUGUAGAUGGAUAUUAUUAGAUUGUGGGGUUAGAUGGAUUAUCUGGGGUUCACUGCUCCUGUUUGGCAUCUUAGUAUAUUGGAUGGUGGUACCAUGUCUUUUUGUUAUCAUCUUUGGCAGAUACUUUAAUCCAAUGUUUUUUUUUUUUUUGGAUCGGCUACUUUAAUCCAAUGUUAGAUGUAUGUAGAUGACUGAUAUGUAGUUUUAGGCUGAUGCUUGUCUUUUUUUUGCAGGCAAAGGUUAGGCGGGGUUUCUGCUUUCAAAAUAAGAGCCUCUGCAUUCAAUACUCGUUCAGAGCUGUUAAUCACGAAAGUACGUAUGCUAUCCGAUGGAAAACAAGAAUGGUGGAGUCCAGAGAUCGUCAUUACCCUGGCUUGAGCUCUUAUCUACAACACUUUCUGUUCUUUGUUUUUGGAGUAUUGUGAUCUUCUCCAGUAAGAAUAUGAAGAUAAUUUAUGUAUUAGUGAAGAAAUAAUCCAAAUAAUGGUUCAAAUGCUCGGCCCGCCCCAAAAUCCAGGGUUCUGAAUGAGGACUUCGUAUCUCGAUGAAGUUCUGGAUUUGAAACAUUUGCAUUUCCAUGUCAAUGUGCAUUUCAUAGUGUUGUGCCAAAAA